CCAUUUUCCUGCACCCUUUAUCCCCAUUAUAAUCUUCUCAUUCUUGUAGCUAUCCCUUUGUCUCCUCAAACUAAGCCCUGCAGGGAUAAUAAGAGUGUGAAGUUAAAGCUGCAAAACAAUGGCUCUCAGAAUCUGGGCUUCUUCCACAGCCAAUGCAUUGAGACUCUCCACUGCAGCUUCCUCCAAGCCUAAUCUCUCCCUCUCCAGAUGCUUUUCUUCUGUGUUGGAGGGGCUAAAAUAUGCAAAGUCACAUGAAUGGGUGAAGAGUGAGGGCUCCGUUGCCACCAUUGGCAUCACUGAUCAUGCUCAGGACCACCUUGGAGAAGUGGUGUUUGUGGAGCUGCCAGAAGUGGGUACUGCUGUUAAACAAGGCAGCGGUUUUGGGGCUGUGGAGAGUGUGAAAGCCACAAGUGAUGUGAACUCUCCAAUCUCAGGGGAGGUUGUGGAGGUCAAUGCUAAGCUCACCGAGGGACCCGGAGUGAUCAAUUCGAGCCCAUAUGAGGAUGGAUGGAUGAUCAAGGUAAAACCAAGCAAUGCAUCAGAACUGGGAUCCCUGAUGGACCCAAAAGAGUACACCAAGUUUUGUGAAGAAGAAGAUCACUGAGAUUCUACUUCCACUAACUGCCCUGCCUUAGUUUCAUGGUUGAUAUAUAUAUAUAUAUACACCAUGCAUGUCUGUACAAUGUAUCUCAGUUAUUCAAAUUUCUACAAUCAUCAAAAUCAUCACAUUUGGUUUUUUGACUUCAAUUCAACCAUUCUCUCACUCUAGCUA